CUCCUCCUCCCUUUCCUCACGUUUACAUCUCGUACGCAACCUCCUCCCUGUCUGAAUCCCUUCUCCAAGGCAACGACCCCCCUGCACCGUACGAGACCCGCAGCAUCAAUCUGACAGGAGGAUAUCGCAGGAGACGAGACAAGGAAACGGAUAAAAAAACAUGGCGCUCAUCCCAUCUCAGGUGCUAAGGGUAGCCAUCCUCCUGUCCUAUUUCUCAAUCCUCUGCAAUUAUAAAGCAAUUGACAUGCCCGCGCAUCAAACAUAUGGCGGUAGCUGGAAGUUUUUAACAUUCAUAGACCUGGUGAUCCAGGCAGUGUUCUUUGGCGUGUGUGUGCUGACAGACCUGUCCAGCCUGCUGACCAAGGGCAGUGAGAGCCAGGAGCAGGACAGGCAGCUUAGGAAGCUCAUUGGCCUGAGGGACUGGAUGAUGGCUGUGCUUGCCUUCCCCGUUGGAGUGUUUGUGGUGACCAUGUUCUGGGCCCUGUACUUGUAUGACAGAGACCUGGUGUACCCCAGACUGCUGGACAACUUCAUACCCCAGUGGCUCAACCACGGCAUGCACACCACCGUCCUCCCUUUCAUCAUCAUUGAGAUGAGGACCACGCACCACCAGUAUCCCAGCAGGCCUUGUGGACUGAUAGCUGUGUGCAGCUUUGCCGUGGGAUACGUUCUAUGGAUGUGCUGGGUGCACCAUGUGACCGGUGUGUGGGUCUACCCCCUGUUGGAGCAGAUCAGUCCCCUGGCGAAGGUGGCCUUCUUCUCCUGCCUCGCUGUCCUGAUUAACAUCUACUAUGUCCUGGGAGAGAUCCUCAACAGCUACAUCUGGGACUGCUCCAAAUGUGUUCUAGACACAGACAAGGCUAAAGCAGACUGAAGGCCAACACAGAGUGGGAACCUUGCCAUCCAGUCAAGACCCAGUCCUCACUGGGCUGCCGCAUAGACAGGCCCAAUCCCGACCCGGACAGCAGAAUAACAACGACUGUGUAAAUAAAUUAUGGAAAAAUAUGUGGGAAUAUGAUCCGAUUUAUUUCUGUUUUGAAAAUAACAUUUUUGGCUUUUACAUCUGUGUAAAAGAGGAGUCCUCCUCUUGAAAUUGUUGAGACUGAAGCUAAGAACUGAGACGCCUGUUUUCUGUCAAUGACAAUGUGGGAUAUGAAUUCACCACCUUGCUAUGGACUGGAGGUAUUACUAUGACACUACAUUUACCCACAUAUUAGUAUUUAAUCAUCCUGUUCAUCCAUCUCAAAGACUCAAGUAUUAUCUGAACACGGAGCAUACUGUAUUAAUGGAAUGAAUUUACUGCUAUUGUAUUAAUGGAAUUAACUUACUGCUACAGGUAUGAUAUUUAUCUUAAGAUGCUUAGGCACGCCAGCAGAGUUAGCAAAAGCCAUGUAUUCAAAUUAUCUUUUUUUUUCUUUUCACUGGAGAGCUUUCCAGCGAGGGCAUCUCCUACAGUGGCAUGAAUGACAGACUUUUCCUGGAUGUGUAGUGUCUAACAGCUAUACCACAGAAUGUUAUUUUCUAGGACAGCCAGACUGUGAGCUCCGCUGCUCGAAAAUACCCUUUCUUGUUUUUAUGCUUUUGUAAAAAGGGAUGACCGCAUUUGAAGUGUAUGGUCUUUCAAUAAAAAGUUACGUUAUUUAGAGCGA